UUUCCAAGGAGGUCAGUACAAAAAGCCAGACUUCUACCGGCAGUUUCUGGGAGACCUGUUUUCCAUCCACCCAUCGCAGCCCUUUUUCUCCAGGAGAUGUUUAUAACAGAAAAGUCUGAGCUGGGAUAUUUCGCCAUUUGUCUUGCUCCUCUGGUGUUUGGUGGAAUUACUAACAGGCAAGGAUAAAAUGAACUGGUCGUCUCGGGGUCAUGGAAAACCUGGAAUCAAAGCUCAAGAACGCUCCCUAUUUUCGUUGUGAGAAAGGAAAUGAUGCGGUCCCUGUGUGCCAGAAGUGUGAGACUUGUAUCCUCGCGUGGAAGAUCUUCUCUACCAAAGAGUGGUUCCGAAGGGUCAGUGAGAUAUCAAAGAGGAGAUUUCUCGUGAGCAUCCUAGAGCAGUUAAAUAGCUUAUAUUUGUUACACUAUUUCCAAACGAUCCUUCAGACCACUCAGGGAAAAGAUUUCAUCUACCACCGAUCCCGGAUGGCCCCCCUUAAGAAGGAGGGGAAAAGUGUGAAGUCCUCCUUGAACAAGAUGUUGGAUAAAAAGGCAGAACAGAAGAUGAAGGAGAUCUUGUACUGGUUUGGGAACAGCACCCACCGGACUAAGGCAAAUUACACCCUGUUGCUGCUGCAGAUGUGCGACCCCACAUUACUACUCACGGCUGCCAAUGUGAUCAGAGUCUUGUUUAUGAAAGAGCGGGAGCAUAUCUCAGGGCUGGAUCAAGACUCCACAGAUGUGUUUUUUUCCCCAGAGAAACAUCACGACCCCAAGUUGGAGACUUCGCACGUCUAUUGGGCAGCCAGAACCCAGCAACCAUCCUUCCCUUUGUCCAAAUCCUCAGUACAUGACAAUUUGCUUGAAAGUACACAUGGAAAAGUAUCUAAUACUGAGGGACAAUGGAGGAGUUCGCUUCAGUGUAUUUCAGAGAUGAACAGGCUGUUUUCCAGCAAAGUGAACAGAUUCAAGCCUGGACACGAUCCCUGCAAUCUGUUGGCUGACCUGGAUGAAGUCAGAGACCUGUCUUCUGGGUUCAGCAAGUACCGGGACUUUAUCCGUUACCUGCCCAUCCACCUCUCCAAGUACAUUCUAAGAUUGCUGGAUAAAAACACCCUGAAUAAGUGUGCAUCUGUGAGCCAGCACUGGGCGGCCCUGGCUCACCAGGUCAAGAUGGACUUGUCGAUGAAUAGUUUCAUUCAGAAUCAGGUUUCCCUGCUGCAGGGGUCCUACACAAGGGGGAUAGAUCCCAGUUAUGCCAACAGACUCUCUGUCCCAGUUCCUAAGAUGGUAGAUGAUGGGAAACGCAUACGCGUGAAAAGUCAGAAGUGGAAACUGAGAACGAAGAAUGACUACACCCUGUGGACUGCAUACCAGAACACGGACACUCAGCAGGUCCUGAUGGAAGAGAGAAAUGUUUUCUGUGGGACCUACAACAUCCGCAUUCUCUCUGACACGUGGGACCGAAACAGAGUCAUCCACUAUGCAGGGGGAGAUCUGGUAGCUGUGUCAUCUAAUCGGAAGAUCCAGCUUCUGGAUAUCAUUCGAGUAAAGGAGAUACCUGUCCAGUUCCGAGGCCAUGCUGGGAGUGUCCGGGCCCUCUUCUUGUGUGAGGAGGAACACUUUCUCCUCAGCGGGAGCUACGACCUAAGCAUCAGAUACUGGGAUCUAAAAACUGGCGCUUGCACACGAAUCUUUAAUGGCCACCAGGGAACAGUCACGUGCAUGGAUUUAUGUAAGAACAGACUCGUAUCUGGAGCAAGAGAUGGCCAGGUAAAAGAAUGGGAUAUAGACACAGGGAAGUGCUUGAAGACUUUUAAACACAAAGACCCCAUCUUGGCCACCAGGAUCAAUGACACCUACAUCGUGAGCAGCUGUGAGCGAGGAAUGGUGAAAGUGUGGCAGCUUGCUACAGCCCAGCUGGUAAAGACUCUCAGUGGCCACGAGGGGGCUGUGAAGUGCCUGUGCUUUGACGAGUGGCAUCUCCUCUCAGGAAGCACUGAUGGCCUGGUCAUGGCCUGGAGCAUGAUGGGCAAGUACGAGCGAUGUCUGAUGGCCUUCAAGCAUCCCAAGGAGGUGCUCCACGUGUCCCUCCUGUACCUCCGGGUCAUCAGUGCCUGUGCAGAUGGCAAGAUCCGCAUUUAUAAUUUCCUCAACGGCAACUGUCUGAAGGUGAUAAAAGUCCACGGCAGAGGUGACCCUGUGCUGUCCUUCUUUACUCAGGGCAACAGAAUGGUGGUCAACACAGAGAGCAACAUUCUCCUGUUACAGUUUGAGAAUAUAAAGUGGCAGUACUCCCUGGAAAGAAGUAAACAAAAGAAGAAUAGGGAGAAAGACGAGGAGAAGGACGAAAACAGCCUGGACGCUCUCUCCAAGUCUAGCACGCAGGUGCACAGCCUGCGAGACUCUGCCUCCAGUAAGCAAACGGUCACCCAGGAGUUCCAGUCGGGUAAACCUCGCAAGUCCCAUGUCCUCGUGAAGGCAGCCAAGUUACCUUCAGAGGCACCUCAAAGUCAAGGAAAGCCAAGAUCACCCCGAAAAGACAGUAAGAAAAGAGCAUCUCCUGUUUCUAAGGAAACAAGUAGCAUUAAUUCAGAAGCAAAAUUCGCAGCAGGAGCAGAUGAUGCGGAGACAAUACAAAGUCAAAGACGAUUGGAAACUCCUACAGAAUUGAUCGAGUCAUCAAAGAAAAAGUCCCGAAAAACCCCGAUGUCACCAGACCAGUUCCUCCUGACCGUUAACACCCUGCAACAAGCCCAUAAUUCAGGGAAAUUUGCUUAUCCCCACAGGCCCCAAACCCAAGUCAUUGAUGCCUGGGGACCUUCAAUUCCAUACCCAAGGAAGGUCCUCAAUUCCAAAGGAAAGUCAGUCCAACGUGUAGUUGAUCAGUUGAGGUUCAGCAAUCCUCCCAUCGAUGUGAAACAAACUAACAUUCCCUUGGAAAUCCAGAAACUGCAGCCCAACUUGAAGAUCUCCUUGCACAGUCCCAUAGUCCAGUCCACCAUACCCCAGCCCAUGAUCAUCCGUUCCAGGAUCUCUGGCGGCUCCAAGGGUGAAGACCAAAUGACCAGUUCAACUGAAGGGGCGGUGCGCAGUAUGGGCCCUCUGACCAGUAUGCAGGUCAUUAAACAGAACCGCAUGCUCACGCCACAAUCAGACUCAGCCACCCUGGCUCCCAAGAAAGAACGGCCUCGCUUCUACACUUCCCUGGAUCCCCUCAGACUGGACACUGAGUUCAUGCUGUUGACUGUGAAGGAGGAGAAAGAGUACAGGCAAGCCAAGAUGAAGGAAUAUGAGGCCAGUGAGUCCCCUGGAACAGCUGAUCCAGGAAGAGCCAGCAAAGCUGCAUGGAUCAGGAAGAUCAAAGGCCUGCCUAUUGAUAAUUUCAUGAAGGAAGGGAAAACAGCAGCUCCUGAACUUGGACAAAACGUAUUUAUCUAAACCAGCCGUGGGAACUUACAAUGUCUUACAAUAAACAGAAAACCAAGUGGAUGUUGGUGUUUUCCUUUUUUUUUUUUCCCCCAGACUAUUCCCUGGUAAUUAACAUGGGAACUCCUAAUUAUCUUCCUGAGUCCAAGAAUUGAUAUUAUCAAGUGAGAAAAGAGAUGGAGACUGCGAGAUUAGCAUCUGUACUCACUGAAAACCAUUCAGCAGAUGGCAUAGUGGUUACGUCACUGGACUCCUACAUGGUCAAC